AUGAUUUUCACCAAAUGUUUGCCAUUUGUUCUGGCUUUAUCUGCCUUCUCGGAUGCCGCAUUUACCGGGAAGAAGUUGAGGAUUAUGCCUCUGGGUGCAUCGAUAACCUUCGGCGUGGGCUCGUCUGACGGAAACGGUUAUCGUGCUGCCCUUCACAAUCUCCUCGCAGCGGACGGCAACUCUGUAAACAUGGUCGGCUCCCAAAAAGGCGGGACCUUUUUCGACCCCUUCAACGAGGGCUACCCGGGCUUGGUCAUCACACAGGUCAAUGCUAAAUCCAACGUGCAGAUGCCCAUCCAGCGGCCCAACAUCGUCACCCUGCUGGUUGGCACCAACGACGCCCUUCAGAAUAUCGAUCCCGCAAACGCGCCGAACCGCUUGAAGACCCUCAUUCAAAACGUGCUUGACGCGCCGCCAUUGACGCUGGUUGUCGUCUCAACGCUUCCCCCCAACGCGAAUUCCGCGGCUAAUGCGCGCGUGAACGCGUAUAAUGCCGCCCUUCCGGGUGUGGUGCAAAAUUUUGUCAAGGCAGGGCGGUCUGUUGUCCUUGUGGAUUGCCAUUCUGUAGUUGCGGCUGGAGAUCUCGUGGACGGGACCCAUCCAAAUGAUGCCGCAUAUAAGAGAAUGGCCAAGGUCUUUUACCAGGGCAUUCAGGAUGCGUUUGCCCGGGGUUGGAUUUUUGAUCUUAACGGCCCCGACCCAGUGAAUGCUCGGGCGCGAUUGUAG